CAAGAGCAAAGGACCGAUGGAUAUGUUCAAGAGAUUGUGCAACCAGAACCAAAGUCGCAAGUUUGAUGCUAUGUGGAAGGAGUUGGAUAAGAAUACAAGGACGCAUAUGAAGGAGAGAAAUAAGAAGCCAUCUACUGAUGAUGCCUCUGUACUGGAGACGUUGCUACCUCUUAGAGAAGACAUUGAUCCUCCUAAUAUGAGAAGAAGGUCGGCAAGAAAUAUCAAAUAUUUCUCGCACUGGAUUGAGGCAGAGCCAAAGGAAAAGUGGUCCUUACUCUAUGACACCGGAGGUGCUAGGUAUAGUGUCAUGACUACCAACAUAGCAGAAGUUUACAAUUGGAUCAUCAGAGGGCUACGUGGACUCCCUAUUGUUGCAAUCAUUAAGGGAAUAUUGUACGACAUGAUUGGCUACUACUAGAAGAGGCAUGUUACUGUUGUUAUUCACUGUACAACAAUACGUACACUGUAUGCCCAACGGAUGAUGAAGUACCUGGAAAAGAAGAACAAGAAGGCAGUAUAACAUAUGGUUUGUAGCAUGGGCAUCAAUGAGUACCGCUUCAAGAUAACCCUGAGAUCAAAAGGAGGAGUGGGGAGCAAUACAAGAAUUGUCACUCAUGAGGUGAACCUAGGGCAAGUUUUCAAUGGAUGGUGCGAAUGCUCUU